AUGAGCGCCUCUCAAUUCGCUUCUUUUGCUGCAUAUACACCACCACCGGAUGAACAUGAACAGCUCUCGGUUCCCAGUGGAACAACCAAAGCUUCUAGCUCUUGGCUACAUUCUGAUCCUCCAGAAAACUCGUAUCAGUCGGGUAUCAUCCCAACUCUGCAUUCCGAUGCAUUCACUGGAUCUACCCUUGUUCCUGCGCGACAAUUAAUUCAAAGUCAAUGGGAAACUCGCUAUGGCUGGAGAGUGGAUAUACUGGCGGCCUGUUCAUAUAUCCUUGGUCCCAUAUCAGCUCUCCUUCUUCUCAUCGUUGAGACGCACAAUGAUUAUGUCCGCUUCCACGCUUACCAGUCAGCUUUAUUGACGACGCCUCUGUUGACCUUCAGGGUUGUUCUAUCCCUGGUCCAGUUUCCCCGAUGGUUACAAAGUUUGUGCACUGUGUUUAUUUUGUCCCUUCAAUGCUAUAUGAGGUGA